AUGGCCCGCGGCAACCAGCGCGAAAAAGCCCGCGAGAAGAACCUCAAGGAGCAGGCUGGCAAGAAAAAGGGAAACAACAUGUCUGGCACGGAAUUUGCCAAGGCGAAGGAGGACACGGCGGCUAUCAUGCGCGCUAAGCAGGCUGCUGCCGAAGCCAAGAAGGCGGCGGAGAAGAAGUGA